AAUCCAGCAUUCUUUGAGAAUCAUUCAGGAACAACUUACCACUGAAGCAGUGCUGUUACACUUGUGGUCUUGUGGAACAUCUGGAAUACUGGAUACAAAGCAAACAGUAACAAUUACCACCAGAACCCAGCAAUGAUAUGGAUUCCAUAACAAAGAAGAACAAGCGGGAUGGAGCUGAAGUUACAGAGAGACUUAUUACGGAAACAGUUACCACCAGAUUGACAUCUCUCCCUCCAAAAGGAGCUGGUAGCAGUGGGCUGAAAUCAGCAGCUUACAGUGGAGGGAGCAGCAUGGAACGGAGGACAUAUGGACAUGGCAGCAAUUAUAUGACAGCCAGUGGGAAUGCUAGAAUGAAUACCUCCUCUUCUUCCUACAAGCAAGCCACCUCUCCUUCUUCCACUCUUACCAAAUCACCUGGCUCCACUUUUGAACGAAAAACCUAUGCUACCCACCAUCCAGCAUAUGAAGGAAGCUCCAGUGCAAAUUCCUCGCCAGAGUUUCCACGCAAAGAUUUUGGUUCUUCUGCUACCAGGGGACGAAGCCAAACACGAGAGAGUGAAAUCCGAGUACGGUUGCAGAGUGCUUCUCCAUCAACCAGGUGGACAGAAUUGGAUGAUGUCAAGCGACUCUUACGGGGAAGUCGAUCGGCGAGUGCUAGCCCUACUCGUUCCCAUUCAGGCACCCUCCCUAUUCCAAAGAAAGCUGUUGUUGAAACCAAAAUGGUGACAGAAAGCUCCCAGUCAGUGUCAGGGACUUAUGACACAACAAUCUUGAAUGCUGCCCUCCCAUCAUACAUGUGGUCCUCCACCCUGCCUGCAGGGUCAUCUCUUGGCGGCUACCAUAACAACAUGACCCAAAGUUCAUCUUUGAUCAACACUGCAGCCCAGUCUACUGGGUCAGUGUUUGGAGUUCCAAACAAUUUGGCCCCAACUUCACCCAUGCUAAAUGGUGGUCUUAGCAAUUCUUCCACAGUAUACGGUGUUCAAAACAACCUGGCUCCAAACACCCUUGGGGUCACCAGUACUACAACCACAGCUUCCACAGCAGCAUAUGGAACAAAGAAAAAUGCAGUGCAAAGCUCUGGUGUGACUAGUACAGGUGUAUCCACAUCAUCUGCAACUGUUGCCACCUCUGCAAACUCUCAGAGUGACGACAUCCUACGCAAAGACUGCAAAUAUCUGCUCAUAGAAAAAGAUAAUGUAACUCCCAAGAAAGAGAUGGAACUGUUGAUCAUGUCCAAGGACAGCGGAAAAGUUUUUAGCGCAUCAGGCACAGGCCUCAGUGGAGGUUAUUAUUCAGAAGACACCUUACAAAAAGACAAACAGGCUAUCACUUCUUAUGCUGGAGAUUCCUAUCUGAAAUCAGAAACAAAUGGUGGACUUAAAUCUGUUUCCACAAAAGACAAAACCAUUGUCACAGAAGGCAAAGGUGAUGGAUGUGGAGGGGCUGGGGGCUGUCCAGCCUGGUGCCCCUGUAGCUCAUGUUGCAACUGGUGGAUGUGGCUCCUUGGAUUGCUACUGGCCUGGCUGCUCCUUCUUGGUCUCCUUUUUGGACUUAUUGCUUUGGCGGAGGAAGUACGGAAGCUGAAAUCCCGAGUGGAGAGCCUUGAAUCACCAAUUGAGUAUCGGCAAGGAAUUGGCACUUACUCAGAAAAGUUAGUCAGCCAGGGAGGCACACUCAGCAAUAUGAAUGAACAUGAACUGCGGAAUUAUCUGAGAACAUUGAUAAGUAUGGAGAUGAAGCAAGGUCAGUUCCGAGGAGAACCAGGACCAAAAGGGGAUAUUGGGACCCAAGGACCAAAAGGAGACCAAGGACUUCAUGGUCCACCAGGUAUUCCAGGCUUAAUAGGUCACCCUGGGCCAGAAGGACCAAGGGGACUGAAAGGCAGCAUGGGUGAAACUGGCCUGGAAGGCCCCAUAGGACCAAGAGGGCGAGAUGGGCCUCCAGGCCUUCGUGGGGAGCCUGGUCCCUCUGGAUUUGGAGAGAAAGGUGACAAAGGUUCUGCCGGGGAACCAGGUGUCCAAGGUCCACCAGGUGUCCCAGGUUCUAAAGGUCCUCCAGGAAUACAAGGAUUUAGAGGUGAAGCAGGUAUCCCGGGAGCUAAAGGUGAAAAGGGAGCCAUAGGAAUACCUGGAUCCAAAGGUGAUCCAGGAGAGAGAGGCCCCCGUGGUCUUACAGGUGAACCAGGAUCCAGAGGACUGCCUGGGCCAACAGGUGAAUCAGGACCUAAAGGAUCAGCAGGUCCACCUGGCCCAGAUGGACAUCAAGGUCCCAGAGGGGAACAAGGACUUAUGGGUAUUUCAGGUGCACGAGGACCACCAGGACCUGCUGGAGAUGCUGGGCAGCCAGGUCUCACAGGAGCACAAGGCCCACCAGGUCUGACAGGAACUCCAGGCCGACCUGGAUCUAAAGGUGAACCUGGAGCACCAGGCCGGAUUACCAGUUCAGAUGGUGGAGCAACUGUUGCACUUCCUGGCCCACCAGGCCCACCAGGGACUAUUGGACCUCCUGGCCCACCUGGUGUACCAGGUCCUGUUGGCCCAGCUGGUCUUCCUGGAGCUCAAGGUCCUCGUGGUGAGAGAGGCAUUCCAGGUGAAGCCACCUUUGUUGAAACCGCAAAUCCUGCAGUUGCUCCGCUGGAAGCAUCAAAGCUUAGAGGACCUGCAGGACCCCCAGGACUACCAGGUCCACCAGGACCCCCAGGUGCCUCUGUUGAGGGCCCUCCAGGACCCCGUGGCCCACAAGGAGAAGGCUUACCAGGCCCACCAGGAAGACCAGGUUCUUUUGUGCCCACAUCAGAAACUUUCUUUGCUGGCCCACCAGGACCCCCUGGUCCUCCAGGUCCAAAAGGAGAUCAAGGGUUGCCUGGCCCACGAGGAUUCAAAGGUGAACAAGGUCAGCCAGGUCUACCAGGAGCCUCUGUUCAAGCAGGAACUGGCAUUGCUGUCCAAGGACCACCCGGACGUCCUGGACCUAAAGGAGACAAAGGUGAUGCAGGUGUACCAGGAGCGCCUGGAAUCCCUGGAGGAGCUGGAUCCAGAAUUUCUCAGGGCCUUCCAGGUCCCCCGGGCCCUCCUGGACCUCCAGGAAUUGGAAUUGGCUCAAUGCAAGAGAUCCAACAGUACGUCUCUGAGUACCUACAGAGUGAUAGUAUUGGCCGUUACCUGAUUGGACCACAAGGCCCACCUGGUCCUCCAGGACCUCCAGGAAUCACCAUUGGUGGCGAAUCUUUGGACUAUGGUGAAUUGGCCCGUCGUGUUAUGAGCUACCUAUCCACUUCCAGCUCCACCUCUUCUCUCUCUUCAUUCUCUUCAUCACUGUCUUAUGAAAAUCUGCUUGCCAUGCUCCAGAGAGAGGACAUUCGAUCAUACCUUAUUGGACCUCAAGGUCCCCCAGGUGCCCCUGGGCCACCUGGACUGGGAGGAGACAGCUUAGCUUUGUCAAUGGACUAUGAUGAGUUGACAAGACGUGUUAUCAACUACAUGACAAGUUCUGGAACUACUAUUGGACUUCCUGGACCAGCUGGUCCUCCUGGUCUGCCAGGAACAUCUUAUGGUGAUAUCUUAACUUUGCUUCAAGAUUCAGAGUUCAGAGGCAUUGUGGGACCACCUGGACCUCCAGGCCCCCCAGGAAGACCAGGUAGCUCUGUUUCCACCUUUACUGCAGAGGAUAUCUCCACAUAUCUACAAAGGAUGGGAUAUUCCUUGGGUGCUGGUCCCCCUGGGCCACCAGGUCCCCGAGGCCCCCCAGGACCACCUGGCUUUUCAGGAACUGGCCUUAUCUCUACUGAGGAUGGAGUUUGGACUGACCAGUUCAGGAGUGAAUUGAUCCAAUACCUUACAAGUGAUGAUGUACGUAGCUUCAUCAGAGGACCACCUGGACCUCCAGGACCACCAGGACCAAGAGUAGAUGGCAGCUUUAGGACUGAAAAUUAUAGAAGCUCUGUAAAUUCAGAAGGAACAUAUGGCAGAUCCACAAGUUCUGGCUUAUCAUAUGAUGCAUCAUUAGCUGCAAGAGGAUCAAACAGCAAUUCAUUCAGAAGCAAUGGCGGAUCACGUGCAGAUGAAUCUUAUGCUGGAACAUUUGGAAGAGAAGAAUCACAAAUAAGUUUAAUAGGUCCAAAAGGAUCUUCUUAUAUGAGAUCCUAUGAUGGGUCACUGGAUUACAAUGAAUUAGCAUCCAGAGUCUCUGAAAACAUACAGAGUCGAGGCCUUCUUCAAGACGUGAUUGCUUAUCAUGCACAAGGCCCACCUGGACCUCCUGGGGCCCCUGGUAUUAGCAAAGUGUUUGCGGCCUAUGGCAACAUCACUGCAGACCUCAUGGAUUUCUUCAAAGCUUAUGGAACUAUUCCAGGCCCACGUGGACCACAAGGACUCAUGGGAUACCCAGGACCUAAAGGUGAUACUGGAUCAAUUGGCCCACCAGGCCCCCAAGGACCAAGAGGGCCAAAAGGUGAAAAAGGUGAACCAGUAUAUAGUGGCCGAAGGAGAAGACGAAGUACAAGAGCCUAAACUAAGAACACAAAUUAGGGCACACCUUAUCCCAAAUAUUGCUGUUUUUUUUAACACCAAAAGAGAUGAAACACACCAAUGUCUUUUGACUCUCACUAAAGAAACAUCAAUCUGCUACAAAGACUUGGUAUUUGGGGAAUUAUUUUGCUAACAUGUUCUUUUAUGUCUAUAUUCUGGAUGGCUUUCAGAUGGCUUAUUUGUUAUAUCUCUACAUUAAUUAGAAGGUCUAUCAUUGAAAUAUGAGGAUUUUAUAUCUGCAUAGCCUGCCCAAUUCACCUUAUUAUCCAGGAUAAACACAUCUGAAUUCCUUCAGAUAAAUACUAGGAUAUUUUCGUACAAUUUUUGAAACAUUUUUUAAUGAAAAGAUUAAAGUUGUGUACUUUAUCUUGACAUAGCAGAGGAUGUAUCUAAAAAGUGCUGCAUUUAAGACAGGGGGCUAAAACCAGAGGUAACAAUACCCAAAAUAUUGCCAGCAGGAUGUAUAAAACAUUAUAUUAUACUUUAUAUAUUUAUGCAUCCUUUCAAACCCUGUUAACUGCACUGUGAAGAAUCUUAGAGUUAAUGAUAAUUAAGCAUUUUUGUUACAACUGAUACAAAAAGUUUGCUAUGGUUUUUUCAUCACAUGAAAUGCAUUUUAAUAUCAAGCUUUCCCAUUAGAUCUUGUUUAUAUUCUAGCCUUUGGUUUCUACUAAAAUUAAAAUAGUGUGUUGUUCUGACAUGGUUAGGGGGAAGUUUAUAAGCUAACUAUUGACUUGUUUUGGUUUUGGUGCUUUCAAGUCAGUCUUGACUCCUGGAAACUAUAUGGACAACUCCCAGCAGGUUUGUUUGGCAACAUUCUCAGAGGUGAUUUGCCACUGCCUUCUCCCUAAGACUGAGACUGAGUAGUCUAGUUUCUCAAUUUCAAGUCUGGUACCUUUAAUCACUGCAUCAAACUGGCUGUCAUAAUAGUAACUACAGUAGAAUAAUUUCAUAUUGCAUUCAGUAUCAUAUCAUUCAAAACAGAAUAGUCUUACUUAAAACACUUCUACCUUUACAAUGAACACCUUUCAAGCUUUUUUCAAUCCCAAGUAAAUUUCCCAAGUAAAUUUCAUCAUAGAAUUAUAUGCACAAAAUAGGUAAAGGAAAUAAACAUAUUUAUCAGUAAAAUUUAUUUUCAUAUAACUUCAAAUCGGUCAAGUUGACAAUGUUAUUUUGUAUUGCCUAAAUUCUCUGAUUCCCCCAUCAAAAUGCAUUUUAGCAGUAUUUGCAAAACAAUUGGUAUCAACAGUUUAAUUAAACAUGAUAUAAUCAUGCACACACAGUAAAUGGUACAGUACUAUGCAAUUCAAUGCAUGUGUACUCAAAAGUGGAACUUGUUUCUUGAUAAAUGUUUGCAAAAUGAAACUGAAAGCAAAAUGAAGCUUUCCUAAGCCUGUAAAUUGAUAGAUAGUGUCUGCUUAUCUCUAUCUAUCUAUCCAUCUAUCCAAGUAAUUUGAUUCACACUGUAAUCUUUUAUACUUUAAAUCCUGAAAUGAUAGCUGACAUUUUGAAUCUAUGAACUAUAAGUACAAUUAUAGUCCAUACUCUAUUUUCUCUCAUUUGCUAUAUGAUCUAACCCUGAUAUUCAUUGCUUAUGUGACAUCAAGUCAUUGCCAACUCUUAAUAAUCAGUUUGUGGUUGCUAAUGAAAGGCUGCAGAUAUAGAUGAUUAACACCAGUGCUAGAUUGCCAAUUUACAGAUUGCAAGUGGUCAAGUGACCAAACUAAUAUUCUCUCUAUAUGAUGACCAAUCUCCAAUUCUUGAAGUUGCAUGAAUGAGAAUUUAGUAUACUUUGAAGGCACCAGAUUGGGCAAAAGGGAGAGAUUUAUCCAACAAAACAUACAAAUGAAAUCAAGAACUGUUAAUCUUUUUUUUUUUUUUUUGCCUCAAACCCAGUAUUUCCCAUUUUAAAAAGGACAAGGGGCUAUAUUCCAGCAGUUUGCGUUGACAACUGUGAGCCAUAUUUGCAGUUAAAAUUGAUUAGCUGGCUGUCAGUUUCUGAAUCUUCCCUAAACAUCAAGCACAAAUCCUUAAGUAUAUUAAAUACUUUUCUGAACUUAUCAUUAUCAUGGAAAAUGAAUUCAAGUUUUCUUUUUUAAUUGAAGUACUGGUUUUUAUUCAGGAUAAAAUGAAUAACUUGUAACUAAAAUCUAGGCGCGGAGGUUAGUUGUGGGAUUUUGAAACAAGAAUCUGUUUGAGCUAUUUGCCAUAGAAGUAGCGUUAUGCAUUUAAUCCAAUUGUCAUUUGUAAAUGAUUUUUUAAAAAAAUAAAUAAAAUUACUUUAAGAAUCUGUAGUGUGUUUUCUUUCAAAAUCCAGUAGGGUACAAUCACAAAUGGGAACAAAAUUGGAUUGACUCCAAUUUACAUUUUAACUGAUCUAAUUGACAUUUAAUUAAUGUAUUCCACAAUUAACCAGCUAUUUCCACUUGAGUAAACAGUAAUUAGUACUAAUUGAUCAGGAAUAAAGUUUUCAGUAAAAGUUUGAAGCGGAGAAAUCCACUGUCACAAUAUUAGAAAUCAUUAUCAUUUGAAAUGGUGAUUUAUGAAUUUGCUGAUCAAAAAGUGUUGAAUAUAGGAAGAACCAUUUUAUAACUUUAAAGAGGGGGGAGAGAUAAAGAACUUUUAGCUGCUAUAAAGAUCAAGAACUACUUCUUUAAUCUUUUUUUAGUUUUU